CGUAAACAAAUCUAAUGAGUGUACUAAAGUUGAAUGACAGUUUCUUGUUUUUAAAAAAAAUAGGUAGGCUGUUCCGUCCGCCAGAAUCUGACUUGCCUAGAAAGUUCUUUCGUUGUCCAGCAAAUCUGAAAUCAAAUAUAUGAACAAACAGCGUGGCGUUCUCUGUGUCUCCCUCCGUAUCUUCCGUUGGAAAACGAUUUGCGUGUUGCUUUAUAAUAACGAUUAACGAAUAUUAUACCUUACUUUAAAGUUAUUCCCAGAUAAUCUCUAAUUUUUGUUUAGGUUUUCAUUUAAAUUCAUCUCGUUUCGAAUCAACGCCAUUUGUUCAUGUGAAGUAGAAGCAAAGAGUUGUUUGGUUCUGAUGAAGCCUUCGACUUGUAUGUCUCUGAAUUUGGAUUGUUAGUGGUGGCUCUGAAGACUUUACAGUUUAGAAGACGUUCAAUUGCGGAGAAGAGUUUUGUUAGAACAAAAUUAGAUACAAACUUAGCAGUCAUGACGUUAUACUGAUGUUUUGAUUACUUAGAUUUCUAAACUUAGCAGUUUAGAAGUCAUGACGUUAUAGGAAGGAAUUGCAUGUUGUAUUUCCGAUAUUUUAUAGAAUGAUGUUUUUAUUGCAGUUUAGAAGACGUUCAAUUCCGUAGAAGAGUUUUGUUAUAACAAACUUAGAUACAAACUUAGCAGCCAAGACGUUAUACUGAUAUUUUGAUUACAUAGAUUUGUAAAGGCUUCAGAUAGAAGGGGAAAAAGAUGAAUCUUUCUGCUCUUUUAACUUCUGCUGGAAUUAAUAUAGCCAUAUCUGUAUCGCUGUUUUUGCUGUACUCUGUCUUGAGGAAACAACCAAGCAAUGUUAGUGUGUACUUUGGUAAGAAGCUUGCCAAACAUAAAGGUCAUUUCAGCUUGGAGAGAUUUGUACCCUCCCCUAGUUGGAUAUUGAAGGCUUGGGAAACAACUGAAGAAGAAUUAUUGGAGCUUGGUGGCAUGGAUGCUGUUGUUUUUAUCAGAAUGCUUGUUUUCAGUAUCCGAGUCUUCUGCAUAGCUGCCGUGAUUUGCAUUUUUCUAGUGCUUCCAGUGAAUUAUCAUGGGAAAGACAUGAUCCAUAAGAAAAUUCCUUCAGAAUCACUGGAGGUAUUCACAAUUGCAAAUGUAAAAGAAGGUUCAAAAUGGCUUUGGGUCCAUUGUCUUGCAUUAUAUAUCAUAUCCUGCUCAGCUUGUUUCCUCCUUUACUUUGAAUACAAAAGCAUCACUAAAAUGAGGUUGGCACACAUUACCCGAUCUAUUGUGAAUCCAAGUUACUUUACAGUUCUUGUUCGUGCUAUUCCCUGGUCUCCAAAACAAUCAUACAGUGACUCAGUGAAGGAAUACUUUAUGAAUUAUUAUGCAUCUAGCUACUUGUCACAUCAAACGGUGUAUCGGAUUGGUACAGUUCAAAAACUAAUGAAUGAUGCAGAAAAGAUUUGCAAGGUGUUUAAGCGUGUUCCUGCCGAGCACAACUCUAACUGGAAUUCAUUCCGAUGUCAUCUUUGUGUUUUAGCUUCAAAUCCUUUGACGAUUCUUUCUAAUGAAACAGAGCGUCAGAAGGGGAAUGUCAGAUCUGAUGUUAUGGAUUCAGCUGCCGAGAAGGUAAGAAAUCGGGAGUAUCCGACUGCCUUUGUUUUCUUUAAAACUCGCUAUGACGCCAUUGUUGCUUCAGAGGUUCUUCAAUCAGCAAAUCCCAUGUUAUGGGUGACAAAAAUAGCUCCUGAACCACGUGAUGUUUAUUGGUCAAACCUAUGCAUACCGUAUAAACAACUUUGGAUUCGCAAAAUAGCAAUACUUCUGGCUGCUAUUGUGUUUAUGUUUGUGUUUCUUAUUCCCGUGACAUUUGUACAAGGUUUGACUCAACUUGAGCAGCUAUCGCAUGCACUUCCAUUUCUGCGGGGACUUUUUAAAAAGAAAUAUGUGUCACAGGUGGUAACUGGUUAUCUGCCAAGUGUCAUAUUGAUUCUGUUUAUGUAUGCUGUUCCACCAACAAUGAUGCUAUUCUCAACCUUUGAGGGCGCUGUCUCUCAUAGUGGGAGGAAAAAGAGUACAUGCAUCAAAGUGUUGUACUUCACAAUUUGGAAUGUUUUCUUUGUCAACAUCUUAUCAGGGUCCAUUAUUGCUCAAUUGAGUGUUUUUUCAAGUGUAAAGGACGUACCCAGACAUCUUGCUGAAGCUGUGCCAAACCAGGCUACCUUCUUCAUGACUUACGUUUUAACUUCAGGGUGGGCGAGUUUAUCAGUGGAAAUUAUGCAACCUUUUCUUCUUCUGUGCAACAUUUUGAAAAAAUUUAUACUCCAAAUGAAAGAAGAUCCACCUGAUUGCACUUUGUCCUUCCCUUAUCAUACAGAAGUUCCAAGAGUGCUUCUGUUUGGACUCAUUGGCUUUGUCUGUUCAAUAUUGGCACCCCUAAUAUUGCCCUUGUUACUGAUAUACUUUGUACUUGCUUACUUCAUAUAUCGAAACCAGAUUAUCAACGUCUAUAUAAAAAAUUAUGAAAGUGGGGGGCAGUAUUGGCGUAUUGCUCACAAAGCAACAAUUUUUUCACUUGUUUUGACCCAAAUUAUAGCUCUUGGAGUCUUUGGGCUGAAACGGUCACCGGUUGCAUCUGGUUUCACUAUUCCACUGAUUAUUGGAACUCUUCUAUUUAAUGCUUAUUGUAGUCAGCGUUUUUCUCCAACUUUUAAGCAGCUUGCUGCUCAGGUUUUUAUGGACAUGGAUCGACGAGAUCAGCAGGAUGGGAGGAUGGAAGAAAUUUACGAACAACUGCAAUCUGCCUAUCCCAAGUUCCAGUUAAGUCGGAAAUUGUGUAAAGCUGCACAUAAGAAUCAUAAUGAGAACUCCUGUAAAGAUGUACAUACAAAUUGUACCGAGGCCAGGGAAAGCAUUCCAGAUUCAGAGGCAGUGCCGCAGCCAGUGAAUGAAAUAGCCUCGUAGAUGGAUAUUGGUUUGUUCAUCGAUAUUCUAAAAGUGGAGCUCAUGGAACAUGAAACUACAUUAAUUUCAAAAUACGAAACCUAAUGGGACUUUAAACCAGACCCUUCAAACCAAAAAAUCUGGUGAUGGUCCUUGUUUGUACUAGUGUUUUGAAGAAUUACUAUCGCAGAAUGUGUUAAGGCCAUGUACGGACGGUAGCACCAGGUGCAAAUAGGUUCUUUUUCUUCAUUGCCUUUUAUAUUUAUAUUUAUUUGUAUAUCCAGAUUUUCCUGUAAGUGUGUGUAAGGAAAUGGUAAGAGGAAACUCUUUUAUACUA